CGAUCACGAUCGCUCUCCCUCCGCUCAAGAGAAGAAAAGGCACAGCCGACACCACCACAACUCUUUUUUGUAAUCUCAUGGAAGUCGACCAGGCCCCCACCGCCAAGGCUGCCGCGCCCUUCGUGCUCGACAUCCUCUCCUUGACCAACGAAGCACGAAACGCGUACGGACUGCGUCGUCAGGAGUAUGGCCGUUACAGACACCAUUGCACGCAGAGACUGCACAGGAUCCGCAAGACCCUCGGAUUCACCCAUGGCAAGGAUAAAUCCUUUAUCGCCCGCCCCAUUACCGCCGACACCGUGACAGACGAAAAAUACCUGCACCUUCUCCUCUUCCAGGCUGAGCGCGCUUGGGGCUACGCGAUGGAGAUCAAGUCCCUUUCCGUCGCACUCGAUGACACACGCAAACAGAGCCACUACCUGAGCAGACUGAAGAAGGCAGCCAAAUUUGCCCAACAAUUAGAAAGCAUCUGUUCAGCAAACACUGGAAAAGUCGACGUUCGUACCGCACUGGAUGCGCAAGCCUAUGCUGCUUUGAUGUCUGGAUACGUUCUUUUCGAGGCACAGCAGUGGCAAGGAGCGCUGGAAAAGUUUUCCGCUGCUCGUGCGAUCUAUGACAAGCUAUCGCUUGCUGGGACACCCCACCAAGAGGCUCUUUGUCAUGCUACGAUGGAUGAGAUUGAUCCCAACAUUCGAUUCUGUGGUUAUCGUUUGCGUUUGGCCAAGGAUGGUGUCGUGAAUGUGGAGGAACUUGUCCAGAUGUCUGCCGCCAAUAAGGGCUCAGGUUCAGAUGUCCUCAUGCGCGAGAUUGAGAAUCUCAUUACUCAAACACAACAGGCAAAGGCACAGGAUCUGGAAUCGAUCAGUUGGAGGUCGAGGACUUUGCCUUUGAGGAACGCCAAGCUUGCGACCGCCAUCCUUGCUGCUCAGGAGACUGCAUCCAGACUGAAAAAUACGGAUGGCGCCUCAACUGAAGCCAAGUUGGAGCAAUUCGACAAAGUGCUACAGGCAUAUGCUGAAGCAGAGAAAUGUGCCGCCAAGGCACUUAAGGAGGACGCCAUUGCUGCUGCCAAAGUUAAGUCCUCAAAGUCUGAGCAGAACACCGCAGACCUAAACACAAUCGCAACGUUCAUCAGCUAUUCCUAUCUCAGACACGCCAUCGACCGCAACCUGAUCCUCACCAGGGAUAUAUACAAUAAGUUGGAGGGCAAUGAGGCAGCAACAGACAGAAAUGAGGAUGUUCAGUACCAGAACCUGGUUAAAGCCUACGAUAAUGUUGUCCAGAAUUUGAUUGCGAUUCAGGAGCUGCCCGGUGUUGUUGCAGACAUGACGCUUUCCGCAGAGGUGGAGAACAAGCUGCUUUACUACAAAGGCUGGCGAUGUUUCUUCACAGCAACUGCAUAUUCCAAACUGUCGCGAUAUGUCGAGGCCAUUGCGCUCUUUGAUCGCGCACAAUCAUACGCAACUCAAAUUCGAAGCGGUCUCAACAGGACGGGAGUCUCUGGAAGCGAGGGUGAUCUGUUCAAUGUUUUUGAGACCGAGCUGCAGGAAAUGGAGAGUAAGAUCCGGGGCAGGAAAUGCCAGGUCCACGCUGCGUGGUAUCUAGAGAACGGGGAGGACAGCGAGAGUCUGGAUAACAAGCUGUCUUCGAUGAGUCUCGAUGAGAAAUCGUUGGAUGAGCCUGCGUUGAUUAAGCGUCUAGACACUUAUCCAGCCUCGAUCACGUCCAAGGUCAAUCCAACGGUGCCUCAUUUGGUCGACUUUCCCCCAACGCUUCAGGCGAUUCCGGCCAAGCCUCUGUUUUUUGAUAUCGCGUUCAAUCACAUCAACUACAAUCACAGUGCGCUGGCUGAGAGGGCGGGCCAUCCGAAGGCCGCACAACAGGGCGAAUCCUCUGGAGGAUGGUUCGGAUCAAUUUGGGGUCGUAAGUAGACGACUCUAGGGCUUGGAUGUCCCAGUACUUUACCUUUACAUGACUUUGCAUCGAUGCAUGUUGCUGCAAUUUACGACAAUAAUAAAGAGAAAAAAAGUCGUGGUAAUAGGAAUGUGUCAUGAAGACGUCGACUGAGUGUACUCAUGGCAUUGCACGAUGUGGACGAGUUCUCUUUUAUUUAG